AUUCUACGGCUGUUCUUUCCAUUAGUUUCUAGCUGAUUAAGAUUUCUUUGAGGUAUAUUCCGGUCCCAAACGCAUCCCUUCAUAAUUUCCCAGCAAUGUUAUAUUGAAUUUAAAUCCGGAUUUCUAGGUGGUAUACCAAACCACUUUAGCACCAUUAGCUCGUGCAUUUUCAAGCUUCAGACUAAACUGUGGACCAAUUGUAGGGCUAAUUGGUACCGCAUUCUGUUCCUUGGGUUUUGGGUCUAGAAUAGCCCACUAACAGAUUUUAUUCCAGUAAAAUUUAUGACCCACCCUUAAAAGGUUGGCGGUUAGACAGACAGACAGCAAAUCUCUCCCCAAAUCUUCUUCACAAACAUUUCAUUCUAAUACUCAUUGAAUUACCGUAAUAAUGUACCUACUGUUUAUUUAAGCCACACCUGAUAGUGAAAUUAUACAAAAAUUAAUCAAUAUAAUUUGAUAUGCCAAGGCUUGUUUCUUCUUUUUAAUUAUUUGCUAUCAGUUUAUUUAUGCACCUUUGCAUUAAUACAUAUUUUACUCCAGACAUGCUUCUCUAACGAUUGUAUAAAAAUGCAGUUGUCUAUCAGAAUUACCCAGCAAUCAAAAUGUAUCGUUUCAUAAGUUUACUACUGUUUUCGUGCCUUACCAUUACCACGCAUUUCUUAAACGCUGAAGAAUAUUUUGAAAAUUAUUACGAUGAGAUAGAUUCUGACGAAGAAAAUCCGGAGAGUCGAAAUGCCAUUCGUUGGAAUGCUCAAAAAUGGCCAAACAAUAUUAUCCCGUACACUUACUCUGAUGAUUACACUCUUACUCAAAGGGACACCGUCGACCAAGCACUUAAAUAUUUCAAUGACAAUACCUGUGUAAAAUUUGAAAAGCGAAAUAAUUCAACAGCAAUUAAUGGCCAAAGAGUUGUGUUAUACACUACCAGUGGAAAGCAUUGCGGAACAAGAGUGGGCUAUCAAACCAUACCGUCGACAGUGCAUAAUGUUUACUUAAGUCCAUUGUGCCUGACGAUUCCUGGAGCUGUGCAACAUGAGACAAUGCAUGUUAUGGGUAUAUUUCAUGAGCAAUCUCGGUUCGAUCGAGACGAGUAUAUUGAUAUUGAUUGGACAAAUAUCCACGUUAAGAACUAUCAUAAUUUUAUUAAAGUUCCUGUUGAGUAUGCUAAGCCCUAUGAUGUAACAUAUGAUUAUGGCAGCAUUAUGCACUAUUCGGAGUAUGCUUUUGCAAAAGAUCCACGAAAGAAAUCUAUUAAAGUUCGCCCGGGAAAGGUGAAUCCAUAUUCGAGGCUAGGGCAGUUGAAAAAACCUUCUGAUGGAGAUAUACAGAAAAUAAAUCGAAUGUAUGGAUGUUGACAAUGAAAGCAGGUCACCAUUUAGGUGUCAUAUAAAUGUAGUAGUAUAUUUACCCCUUGAAGAUAAUACACCUCCAUACCGCUAUCGUAUACUUUUGCGGUUCGUACCUUAAUGUAGAUAUUUAAGUUAAGUUUAAAGUAGGUGAAGGUUAAUAAAAAUAAAAAACAUAAAUGUAUCCUUUCUCUUUUAAGAGAAAGAUAAAAAAUAAAAUUGUCACCACAUUAAAAACUUCAUUUAAUAUCGUCUAAUUUGCAACCUAAGAGAUGGGCUAUGGAAAAGACGAACAUUUUUCUCUUUCACGGAAUUCUUAAUUCUAUAAAAGAAUCCGUGUUUGUUUUAGUUGUUACUUCUGAGCCCCUGUUAUUUCUAAUUCCGCUCACAAAAACUAAGUCCAAAAAUAUUCAUCUUUUCAUAAACAGGAUUAUUAACCUUUUUUGAGUGUUCGUUUCGGGUCUCAUUGCAUUCAUGCUAAAAAAUAAUGUGUCAUAUGACCAGAGUCCAUGAACCUAAAUUAUCUAGCUUGAUUAACCGUCUUCUCCUCUCCUUCUAUUGCAAACUAUUGCAUAUGCAACUUUAAAAAAAAGAGCACGUAUACGCCACAGUGCAUGCGGACAGCUUUGGCCUGAUUGCUAAUACACCCUAAUCGAAAUUAAAUAAACAAUUACACCCAAUAAAAACAAAAUGUUCUUCUUCUUGUCGUGUGUGUUAUUAAAUAAACAGAAAAACAACAUCCUUGAGAAAAUAAU